AUGGAGAUUAAUGGAGGAUCGACGACGACGAGCACAAUCACGAUUAAAGGGAUUCUGAGUCUGCUGAUGGAAAGCAUCUCAGAGGAAGAAGAAGAAGGAAGAUGCUCGAAGCGAGUCAUAUCUUUGGGAAUGGGAGACCCAACUCUCUACUCUUGUUUCCGUACAACACAAGCUUCACUUCAAGCUGUUUCAGAUUCUCUUCUCUCCAACAAGUUCCAUGGUUAUGCUCCCACCGUUGGUCUUCCCCAGACUCGAAGAGCAAUCGCGGAGUAUCUAUCGCGUGAUCUUCCAUACAAACUGUCACAGGACGAUGUGUUCGUGACAUCGGGUUGUACGCAAGCGAUCGAUGUAGCUUUAGCGAUGUUGGCUCGUCCCAGGGCAAAUAUACUUCUUCCGAGACCUGGUUUCCCGAUCUACGAGCUAUGUGCUAAGUUUAGACACCUCGAGGUUCGCUACUUCGAUCUUCUCCCGGAAAACGGAUGGGAGAUCGAUCUCGAUGCCGUCGAGUCUCUCGCGGACGAAAACACCGUUGCUUUGGUUGUUAUAAACCCUGGUAAUCCCUGCGGGAAUGUUUAUAGUCACCAGCAUUUGUUGAAGAUUGCGCAAACGGCGAAAAAACUAGGGUUUCUUGUGAUUGCUGAUGAAGUUUACGGUCAUCUUGCGUUUGGGAGUAAACCGUUUGUGCCGAUGGGAGUUUUUGGAUCUAUUGUUCCGGUGCUUACUCUUGGCUCUUUGUCAAAGAGAUGGAUUGUUCCCGGUUGGCGGCUCGGGUGGUUCGUGACUACCGAUCCUUCUGGCUCGUUUAAGGAUCCUAAGAUCAUCGAACGGUUCAAGAAAUACUUUGACAUUCUAGGUGGACCAGCAACAUUUAUUCAGGCUGCAGUUCCAACGAUUUUGGAGCAGACAGACGAAUCAUUCUUCAAGAAAACGUUGCACUCGUUGAAGAACUCUUCGGAUAUUUGCUAUGACUGGAUCAAGGAGAUUCCUUGCAUUGAUUCCUCUCAUCGACCAGAAGGAUCCAUGGCAAUGAUGGUUAAGUUGAAUCUCUCGUUACUUGAAGAUGUUAGCGACGAUAUAGACUUCUGUUUCAAGCUAGCUAGAGAAGAAUCAGUCAUCCUUCUUCCCGGGACUGCAGUAGGACUAAAGAACUGGUUAAGGAUAACAUUUGCUGCCGACGCAGCUUCGAUCGAAGAAGCUUUUAAGAGGAUCAAAUGUUUUUAUCUCAGACAUGCCAAGACUCAAUCUCAACUCGUAGUUGAUUUUUGA